AUGGAAGAAACUUCUAAUCCCGAAAUAAGAAUGGAAGACGAGACUUAUCCCGAAAUUCUUCAUGAAGAACAUAAUACUAUACAAAAUGAAAGAUUAGAAGACAAAAUAACCGUGGACCAAGAGUAUAAUGAAUCAAGUCAGACAUUUCAAGAUAAUAUUAAUAUUUUAAAUAACUUGAUUCCACUGAUUGGUCCCGGCAACCCUCUCGAAGAAUACUUUAAAGCUACCCAAAGCUUAUCGUCUUGGAUGUCAACAACUUUUGAAAACUUCCCCGCGUUUCCAUCAAAAACAACCCCUCAAAUCGAUCUUGAUUCCAUAAACUCCGCAGAAGUUUCACUAAGCGGAAUAGAAAAUAAAUUAUCAAGUAAACAGUUUGAAAAUAAUCAAUUAAGCGACCUCCUAACUAAAACGAACUCUCUUGUUGAUACUUCUUCUGAUGAGGAAGUUAAACAAAACCUUGUAAAAAUUUCUUCUUCUAUAGAAAACUCUUGGAAUGCUUUUACUAGUUUGGUUAAUUUGGGUAAACUUAGAUUACAAGAGUUAAAUUGGGUGGUUGAAUUAAGAACAAAAAUGGGUGAUGUGGAUGUUGAAGUUAAAAAAGUUGAAGCUAUGUUGGAUGGUGUUGAGGAAUCAAUAAAGAAGGCUCACGAUGAUGGUGGUGUUAACCCUAGUCCAAUUAAUACUGGUAUCAUAAGUACUACUUCAUCCAGUGAAAUCACUGUCACCGGUAUUAUAUUCUCUACUUCAGUCUUGGAUGAAUGGUACACCAAGGUUGUCGCCGUGGAAGAGUUGGUUCUCGGUGUUGAUGGUGUUGAUAAUAAUGUUAAAGAAAUUAAUCAAUUUCUCCUACACGAUCGAUUCAUAGCACCUGAUGAUUUGACUGAUCAUAUUAAAAAUAUUAUCACUUCUAAUGUUUCAAACCUUAAAAAUAAGAUUAACGCCACAAAACAAAAACUUCAACAUGAUCGUCGUAUAGGAAGAUGGUUUGAUGAUGCUAAUGAAGUUGAUAAAUAUAUUUCUGAUACUAAAAAUGAGGUUAAAGAAUUAGAGGUUCCCGAUUUCAUUAAUAAAAAUGAAUGGUCUGAAGAUGAUUUGAAUGUUGUAUCUAUUGUGAAUGAACGAAGAGAAACUUUAAGUGCUAUCUUGAAUGAUUCUAGUCAAUGUAAAUCAAAAAUUGAUGACCUUGAGAAGAAAGCUACCGAUAUAACUAAUUCCGUUAAAGAUUCAAUGGAUCGUGAAGAUCAAGCUGCGGUCGAAUUAAUGACAAAACAACUUAAAAACCUCAAUGAUAGACUCAUAAGAUUAUCUGAGUUUAUUACUCUCCUUUUAGAACAAACGACUAAAGAUCGUUUUUCUAUCAUUAUAAACAUUCUAACAUCUAUGCAAAGCAUGCGUAAUCAGAUGGCUCAAAUAAGAAAAGAUAUUAUUGAAUAUAACGAUGCUGGUUUGGUUCAUGGUGACGUCAAAGAUCUAGAAGCUCAAAUAACCGAUUUCGAAUCUAAUUUAUUAACUGAUGAUUCUGCCAUUUCAAAAGCUUUAAGGCAUAAACAUGCUAAACUUCUCCUUACUAUUCAAAAUAUUCGAAUUGCUCUGGCUGAAAAUAAACUUAAAAUGGCUGCAUAUUUAAGUCCUUCAA